AUGUCAUUCAAGGACAUUGCGACCGCCCUCGACUUUCCAGAUCUACCUUCCCAACCCGUUGGCAACGCCAAAGAGUCUCCGCAGGACAUCGUCUACACGAAAGUUGCACGGAAGCUCCUCACCAUGUACAACAACAGCCUCGCCGUCGGAGACCAAUCGCCUGCCAUCGAGCGCAUUGUCUCUGCGCCUGACAAAUUCCCUGGAACAUUUCCAGAGUCACCCAAGGCAAACUAUGGUGACACCGUCAGCGGUCUCCCAUCAGGAACACAGGGCCCAAGUCUCGCACAGAACAUCGAAGAUGCAAGAAGAGAGGGCGCCCGUCUCAAGGCUGUGGCCUCACAAGCCCAAGCGGCGAUGGCGGACAAUGAACGCCUUCACCAGGUCCAAGAAUUUGAAGAAGCCAAUAUGCAGCUCUUGGAGGAGCUCCGACGGGAGAAUGCGAAUCUCAAGGCUUCUCAGAGUGUCAAGUCGAGGCUGGGUCAAUCUGCCACCGUUGAAGAUGAUAGUGAAGAGCAACUCGCGGAGAUUAAAUGGCAAGCCGCCAACGCACCAUCCCACAGUCAUCCAUACAACGGCGAAUCUAGCAAGGCUGGAGAGCAUGCAUUCAAAGCAAGAUCUCGUGAUCUCGCAUCCAACGCCCCUCUGUAUCCCACACUCAGCCGUCAACCCACCUUCUCCGGUCUGGACUCUUCCGCUUGGGCAUCCAACCCAGCCGUCAAGCUUGAAAACCCACGCGCAUAUGGCACCAAUUCAUACAAGCCUCCGCCCGAAGUGGACCAGUCCACAGCCGCCUAUCCAACAAUGUCAGGCGCCCUACCCCCACCACUUCGUCGACGUCAAUCUAGCCCGAGGGAGAUGUUGAUUGAAGAAGGCGUUCUCUCCUAUGACACGACUUCCCCGUCGGCCACCAGCCGGCCAGUCCCCAUUUCUUCCCAAACUCGUAACCAUUCCCGUUCUCAUUCUCGCAACGACCCUCUACCAUCGGUUGAUCCACGUCCUCGUAAAUCUCCCAUCCCUCGUUUCCCCAGCGAUUAUCGACGUACGCGCAGUCGUUCUCACUCGUCCCACCCAGAUCUCUCCACCGAUUAUUCUACCUCUGCUCCCCCAUCUCGUCCACAGUCUAGACGAGCUAGUCGAUCCGCUCAAGACAUCGAGCGAGAAGUGGAAGAGACGAGGGCGCGGAUUCGGUUGGGGGAACAGAGGGCGACGGAAGAGAAAUUGAGGCGGGCUGCCACGACGAUGUAUGUGUAUGAGGGUGGGGGGAAGCAGGCGGAGGGGAGUGUAGGACGUAGAAGAAGCUCGAGUCGGGGAAGGGGGUCGGGGUAUUGA